UUUAUUAGUAGUUAAUGUUGUGGGGAAUACUUUUCUAAUCAGAGAAACAAAAUUAACUAUAAUAUAAUCAUAAUCAUAUAUUGUUUUUACAUUACAAAUAUUGGCUGUGUUAAAUGUUAUCAUGAGAUAAAGAUAUGAUAACUCGUGUGAUUUCAGCAUAAUCUAUCUAUCUGCCCACGUGUUGUUGAGUAAAAGAAACACAUCAGUGAAGUUUAUUUCAGUUUAUCACAUGAAUAUCUAAACAUUGAAUUGAAAUAAAACAAUCAAGUAGUCUGUAAUCAUUAGAAAAGGAUAAAUAGUGGAACUACAUCAUAUCCUCCAUGAUGAAUUUCAAAUAUCCAAGCAGAAAAUGUUUGUUUUCAAAUAACUUUUGUAUAUUCACUCAUCUUAUUUCUAAAAUUAUCAAAGAAUAAAUGAAUGCUUAACUGCUGAAUUAAUCAUCUUUUGAUUUAUAAAGACAUAUAUUAUUAGAAUAUAUCUAAUAGGCAAAUUUAUUUUUUAAAGUAUUGGAAACAGUAAUAAACAUAGCAAAAUACCUAAAUAUUAUUUAAUUCAAGGAACUAUUUCGAUCAGUGAACAUUUUCAUAAAAAUCAACAAGAAAUCACAUCCAUUUAGAUUAAAAUCUUGAAAUCGAGUUCUCCAUUCAGAAGUAUUCAUCUGCUGGUGGCUAGUUGUUUAAAAAAAGAAGGAUUUGUGUUUGACAUUUCCAAUUAUCAUAUAUGGGUAUCUCAACAAUUCAAAAUACAUUGCUCUAAUGUGUAAUACAUCAAUUCCGAUAAAUUUCGCCUUCUCAAUGGAUUAUCUAGACUUCAUGUAUCCAUUUUAGUUAAGAAUCAAAUAGUAUUUUUGCACCUAUUUAUUUACUGAAUUCAUUACAUAAAUGUAUAUUCCUAAAAGAAUUCAGUGUUCUUUCUAAGUAGAACUGAACUAACUUUCCUAUGGAUAAUCACAGUUUAUUGAAUAAUAGCGAGAAAUUUCAUUAUUCAUAAAGAUUAAAAAAACUAACAUGUGAAGAGGCAGUCAUCAAAGUAUAGUUUCAAAUCGUUCAUUAAUUAAUCCACUUAGAAGUGUCCUGUUAUUUAAUUUUAACUGAAUCGUAAUAAAUUCAUCGUGAUAUUUGUUAGCUUGUCUAGGAAAUGCUGGAUCUGUGUUAAAUGCAAGUUAGCACCCGUUAGAAAUCUUGUGAGGACUGAUGAUUCCAGAAGGAUUUGAACCCAUCUUAUCCAACUUCAAGAUUUGAGACGUUAACACUAAGCUAUUCGGCAUGCAAACAUAUAUAUACCAUUAUAAUCUCAAAAACCACUUAUUCGGUUCCAAAAAAAAUAAAACAUUCAUAAGUUUCUAUUGCAUUUCUAUUCAUUCAGAAACUUUCAACAAAUACGAACAAUAAAUUCCCCUUUAAGCUUUAUUGUAACUUGUAAUUGUUUUUUCUUGAUCUUUAUUCAUUCAUUUUGUAGAACAGAUCAGUAUACAAACACUAGCAAAACAUAUAUAAUUGAAUUCUUCCUGUUGAUCAUUAGAAUAAUGUAUUUUCAAUUAAACAUUGAGUCAGUUCUAUACUCAAUUAUGGAAAAAUUCAAAAGAACACUUAAUAUAUUUAUAAUGUUUCAGUGGAAAUAUCUCAUAAAAAGAUCUUUAUAUUCAUAUCAGAAAAUUAAUCAUUCAAUAAAUGGUUCUUUAAUUAAAAAAUCAUUUAUAAUAUCAAUGUUGGUGAGUUUGAUUCUGAUGGAAAUUUCAGCAAUUGUUACUCCACCUUUCUGGAUGCCUUCGGAGAGUUGGUCUAGUUGCUCUAAAGAAUGUGGUGAUGGUGUUGAAACCCGUCGAUUUUUAUGUGUUCAAAAUGAUCAUUACAAUGCUACGACACUGUUAGAUGAAUCACAAUGUGAACAUUUACCUAAUCCAAGUGCACAGAAUACAGAAAACAAUCAAAGAGCAUGUAAACUCGGUCCGUGCGGUAAAGGAUAUCGAUGGAGAGUAUCUAACUGGGGACAUUGUUCACAAACAUGUGGUGGACUUGGUAUAAUGUCUCGUGAUGUACAGUGUGUUUAUUCAGGCAAAGACGGUGAUCUUGUGAUAUCAGAUUUCGAUGCAUCCUAUUAUUGUGGUAAUUAUCGACAACCUGAGAGACAUGCAUCGUGCAAUCGAUUUGCAUGUAAGCCUGAAUUUGUCCCCGAAAAAUGGGGUAAGUGUAUUCAAAGUGAUCCAUGUCGUCCUGGCAGACAAGUACGUCAAUUAUCAUGUAUUUCUGUACAAGUCAAUGGAUCACUUCGCGAACUGCCAAUGGCAGCUUGCUAUAUGACUGGGAAAACGAUUCAACCAACAUGGCGUCGAUGUUUUGAAGAAAGUUCAAGAAAAUGUGACAGCAAACCACCAAUGAUUAAUACUGACACUUUAACUAUUGUUCAGAUGAGAAAAGUGAAAGUGAUUGAUUUAAAAGUUGGACAGCAAGCAUUCGUAAUACCAUUUACCCGUGUAACCGUACGAUGUCCUGUACAGUAUUUCACAGCACAAGAAUUACAAUGGGCUAACCCAAACCAUGGAAUAUUAGCCUAUACAGGAGCAAUAUCUGAUAGGAUAAGGGUGGAUAAACGGGGAAGAUUACACAUACGAAGUUUCCGUCUCAUCGACGAAGGUGACUGGACAUGCAUAGCUGGUUCAAUGAAUGCAACAGUCACGCUAACAGCUAGAACUCCGGCAGCAGGAUUCCAUGAUUGGGUGCAAAGAAACAGAUUAUGGACCAAAGGUAUGCUUAGUGAUGAUCCUAAAGCAAUAGCUAUAAACCAUGAAAUUAUUCAAUGGGUUGUUGGACCAUGGAGUACAUGUUCUACAAGUUGUGGCCAAACUGGACAACAAUUUCGUGUAGUUAGAUGUGAAAAAGUUGAUAGUCGAUUCUAUCAAAUACUGAGUGAUCAAGUAUGCAUUGAUAAGCUAUUGCCAAAACCACCAAGUACACGAAAGUGUUUAGAAAGUAACAAAUGUCCAACAUGGUUCGUUGAAAACCGUGAUACAUCUGUUUGCACAGAUCGGUGUUUAGAUGUCGGCAAAGGUUCAAUUAGUGGAAAUUUAGUCUGUAUGAUUGGUGAGAGAACAGUCGCCACAAAAUAUUGCGAUAAAUUAGAUAAACCAAAUAUGGAAUGUGAAAACCCUAUAUGUCAACUACGAUGGAACGUUAGUAAUUGGUCUCAAUGCUCACGUUCAUGUGGUGGAGUUGGUGUUCAAGCUAGACACCUUCUGUGUACUUGGUCACAUAAUGGUGAAUUGGCAGGUUCAUUGUGUUAUUCCCAUCAACUUGCUAUUCCAGAUGUGAUACGAUCGUGCGAAGUACCUCCAUGUAAAUUAGGUUGUGUUGACAUGUCUAAACACUGUUCAAAGAGGGUAGAACUAUGCAAAUUUACAAUAUAUCGUUAUCAAUGCUGUGAAUCAUGUCAACGUUAUGUACAAAUGAUUUCAUCUGCAAAAGAUUCUUUGAAAAACUUUCAAAACGAGAAAUUCUCUGACAUAUUUUCUUAAUAAAAAAAACAAUGCAUUUAUACAAGUACAGAAGAUAACCAAAAAUUGCACAAUAAUAAAUGAGGUCAUUAACCUACACUUGAAACUGUUUGACUUCAGGAUUGUUUUUCUAGCGGGUAAAAUGAACAAAACAAAAUUAUUUGUAGUUUAUCUUAUUGAUUUUCCUUUUUUUCAGUUCUGAUAACUCUCUUGUUCUCUCUCUCCUCUACACAAAGACAUAUAUGCUCAUUUUGUUAUCAGCAUUUACACAUGUAUUCGAAAAAAACUACUUAAACGCACUAAAAAACCAGUAACAAACAACCGGUGCCCAGCAUCACUAUACUUUAUAUUAUUUCAUAAUUACAUACCAAACUAUACCAAUGUACAAGUGUCAAUAUAUAAACAAAAUAUUUUGGUAAUAAAAGUAUAUUUACCUGAAUACCACUAAACAAAUCUUAAUUAUGAGGAACAAAAAUAUGAUAGAACAUUAAAAUAAAAUCUAUACUACUACUCCAUUUUUCAUAUGAUGUUUGUACAAAUUGUACAUACACAGUAAUAAACAAACAACAAACUGUAUUUAUCACUUAAUUAAAAAUAAUUAACAAGCAUGUUAUCAUAUUUACAGAAAUAUGUGAACGUAAACAGAGUAAAAUUGUUUUAUUGAAAAAACAACAACUCAAAAACAACUUUUAUUUUACAAUGAUGAAUAUAUAAUGUACAACUAUCAGUCCAUAUGAACCAUACAUAUAUAUGCACACAUACAAACACAAUACAUACAACAAAUGAAAACUAUCAUAUUACGCUUUAUGGUAUGAAUAAUUACUGAAAAACUACAAAUAAUAUAAACAGUUCAAAAAUUGAAAACUUUCAGUCCUGCUCUUCUCUUAAAUCAAAUUAUGUAAGGCUACCGAAACAAAGAUAAUAAUAAUUCUAUGCAU